CUCAAAAUAUUUCUCACGCAAGCCCCAGACAUGUGCUCCAGCGCCGUAUUUGAGGAAGGAGUCGACAUUCUUCUUCGUGCUAUAGACCAAACGCAUCAAGGGCAGCAAUACCUUCUGUUAUGAACAAAGAAGAAUUGUAGUAGUUCUAGUUCUACCAGCACACGUCGUCGAAGAUGUUCUCACUUCACGCAUAGUAGUUGUAAGUUGUAGUUCUUGUGCUUAAAACUGCGAAUAGGAAGUCGAAGAUGAGGCAUUUUCUACUCUUUGUCCCUUGUUCUGAAACAUAAUAUUUUCUACCAGCAAGCCUUUCCCAAUCUCACGUUAAUUUUGAAUGCGGAGGAGCCUGCGUUGAUUGUGCUUGGAUGUUUGGAAUUGGUCCUUCGAGAGGGCAAGGAGGUGUCCCGCCGUUUCAUCCGGCAGCACGCAGAGACGGCAAGUGUGUUGCUGCAUAAGCUCGACCAAGUCUUGCGCGUUCCCAAUGCAGACCGGCGAUUGUUCGAGCUCGGGAUGGAAAUUGCGGAGCUGUUUUACCAGGAC